UCAGCCUUGGGCGGGCUUUGUGUGGGGCGCCGCUAAAGUGGGAUCUGUUUCCAGUCUGCACUUCCGGUUUCGCUGUGUCCGGUCAGCCUGUGACCUCAUCACUUGGACAUCACACGAGAACUCCUUAGACACCUCGGAACCCCGACACUCCGGAACGUGUCUCCAGAACGGGAACCCGGAGACCCCGGAACGGGACGCCGAGGAGCCCCAGAGACCCGGGAACCCGGACUCCCCCGGAACGGGACACCGCGGGAACAAUUUCGUUCCGGAAUCCGGACAUGCUCAAUUAAAAGGAAGUCCUAGAGGAGAGCUUUGCCUUUGCUCUUACAGUCUUGCUGGUCUUGCUGUGUGUAAACCUUACCUGAUCUCAUUGCUGGAGCAGAGAAAGGCGCCUUGGAAUGUGAAGAGACAAGAGUCAGGAACCAUGUACCCAGAAAAUCUCUGUGACUGUAAUGACUCUGCAAAAGCCUUGGAUCAACACACAAAACUUACCAUCCAUCAAUGUGUGCAUAGUGAAGAGAAGCCAUACAAACAGGAAGAAUGUGACGAAGCGUUGAUUGAUGAUUCGGCUUCUGAUGGGCGUCACAGGGUGCAUAAAGGAGAUUUGCCCUACAAAUGUAAAGACUGCGGGAAAGCCUUUAAAUACCGUUCAAUCCUCCACCAACACCGCAUAAUCCAUACUGCUGCAAGACCCUAUAAAUGCCAAGAGUGUGGGAAAACCUUCAAGAGAGGUAGAAACCUCACGCAACACCAGAUGACUCAUAAGAGAGAGAAACCCUACAAAUGUCAAGAAUGUGGCAAAGCCUUUCCUACACAUGCUGUACUUACUCAACACCAAAUAGUUCACACCGGAGAGAAGCCCUACAAAUGUAAAGACUGUGGGAAAGCCUUUAAAUAUAAUUCAUCCCUGACUCAGCAUGAGGUCAUUCAUACCGAAGCAAAACCCUACACGUGUCAGGAAUGUGGCAAAGCCUUCAAGAGAAGUCACUCCCUGAAUCAGCAUCAGCUCAUUCAUAAAGGAGAGAAACCACACAAGUGUCAAGAGUGUGGCAAGGCCUUCAGUAAACAGUCAUCUCUCACUCAACACCAAGUCAUUCACACCGGAGAGAAACCCUAUAAAUGUAAAGAGUGUGGGAGAGCCUUCAGAUACCAGUCAACCCUGACGCGCCACCAAGUCGUCCACACUGGGGCAAAGCCCUACAAGUGUGAAGAGUGUGGCAAAGCCUUCAACAACAGCUCCACGCUUAGCCGGCACCAGAUCAUCCACACGGGAGAGAAGGCCUACAAGUGUCAGGAGUGCGGCAGAGCCUUUUACUGUUCCUCCUUCCUGAUCCAGCAUAUGAAGGUCCAUUUUGAAGAGCUGCCCUAUAGAUGCAAAGAGUGUGGCAAACCCUUCAGACUCUCCUCACAGCUGAUUCGGCACCAGAGAAUCCACACUGGGGAGGAGCCCUACCUAUGUAAGGACUGUGGCAGAACCUUCAAAUACCACUCGAACCUGACUCGACACCAAAUACUUCACACGGGAGCAAAGCCUUACCAGUGUGAAGAGUGUGGCAAAGCCUUCAACAAUAGCUCGACCCUUGCUCGACACCUCAUCAUCCACACGGGAGAGAGGCCCUACACAUGUCAUGAGUGCGGCAGGGCCUUUUACUGUUCCUCGUAUUUGAUCCAGCAUAUGAAAGUCCAUUUUGAAGAGAUGCCCUAUAGAUGCAAAGAGUGUGGUAAACCCUUCAAGUGUUCUUCACAGCUGAUUCGACACCAGAGAAUCCAUAGCGGAGAGAAACCCUUCGUAUGUAAGGAAUGUGGCAAAGCCUUCAACUGUACCUCAUACCUUACUAAGCAUCAGAGAACCCAUUCCGGAGAGAAACCCUACGUCUGUAAAGAGUGUGGCAAAGCCUUUAAUUGCUCUUCCUAUCUUUCGAAACAUCAGAGAAUUCAUAUUGGAGAAAGACUCUAUAAAUGUAAAGAAUGCGGCAAAGCUUAUUACUUUUCUUCACAGCUUAACCGGCAUCAGAGAAUCCAUACCGGAGAGAAACCCUACAUAUGUAAAGAGUGCGGCAAGGCCUUCAACUGUUCUUCCUAUCUUAACAAGCAUCUGAGAAUCCAUAUUGUAGAAAAACCCUACGUAUGCAAAGAGUGUGACAAAGCUUUUAGCUGUCCUUCAUACCUUAAAAAACACCAGAGAAUUCACUCUGGAGAGAAGUUUUACAAGUGCAAAGAGUGUGACAAGGCUUAUUACUUCUCCUCACAGCUUAACCAGCACCAGAGAAUUCAUGCCAGAGAGAAACCCUAUCGGUGUAAAGAGUGCGGCAAAGCCUUCAUUUCUUCUUCCAGCCUGAAGCGGCACCAGGAAACCCAUACGCUGGUGAAACCCAGCAGUGUGUAGAGUUUGGCAAAGCCUCAAUAGUCACAUAUUUGUCACCAGGUAUUUCAUAAAGGGGGAAAACCCUAGACACGCAGUCCAAGACUUGAACAACUGCUGAAACUUUAGUUCACACCAAAAGGCGGUGUGCCAUGAGGGAGACUCGACAAGUGUGAGGAGGGUGGAGAAACCUUUCACAGGCGUGCAGUGGUUAGUCCAUACUAAAAGGUCCACGGUGGAGAACAGCUUCCAGAUAUGCUAAUGUGGCCCGGCCCUUGACCACAGCGCUUCCUUAUUGGACAGUAACAAAUUCAUGUCGGAAAGAGCACUGUCCUAUGUGUAACCCUCAGAAGAGUCUGAUACUAUACCGUGAAUCCCCUCAUAACAAAGCUUUCACUAAUACCUCAAAUCUUCUUUUUAAGACAGCCCAUACCUCAAUAAAUCUUGAUGUACAUAAAGAAUUAGCACAGAACAGAAAUCUUAUGACUAUAUAGUUUGUGGCAAAAUUUUGAUCUUCUGCUUAUCAUUAAUGAAGUGGAAAGAGAUACAUCACGGGUGUCAGAGUUAUUUGAACUCAUCUCCGAAAACGUGGAAUUUGUUAUACAUUCAAAUAUACUAAAUAACUUCACUGUUAAAAACUGCACAAGGCUCGGCCUUGUGCCAUUUUAGCAGAAGAAUAAGACUGCUUUCUGAGAAGUUUUGAACUGUUUUCUCCAGAGAGCAUAAAGUGGAUUUUGAAAAACUGUAUAUUCUGUAUAAACUUUAUUUAGUAAAUACAUGGAGUGGGUGGUUCUUGUUGUCUCUGAUAUGUAUUGCUUGACAUGUUAAUUUGUUACAGAGAGUAGAUCACCAUAUUGAUCUACUCUUAUGUACAGUAAGAUCUUAUUGAUCUUACUGUUAUGUCCAUAACAGAUCUUAGUAAUAUUUUGUUGAGGAAUAGUGAAUGACUGCUAAUUCUUUUUUUAUUUUAUUAAAUUUUCUAUUCAUUUUACAUACCAACCACAGAUCCCCCUCUCCUCCCUCCUCCUGUCCCCGAUCCUUGUGCCCCAACCUACGUCUCCCACCUCCUCCAAGGCAAGGUCUCCCAUGGGGAGUCAGCAGAGCCUGGCACAUUCAGUUGAGGCAGGUCUAAGCCCUUCCUCCCUGCACCAAGGCUGCGAAAGGUAUAUGACUGCUAAUUCUUGUUCUCAGUGUCCUUAUCCUUCAAAUAGAUGUAUAGAUUUGAAGAUUUAUUUGUAUGUGAUAUUUUAAUCCAUCCUUUUUUCACUUACCCAGAAAUUAUGAGGGAUGUGAAAGUAUAAUAAAUUGUUCUAGCUUUCUGAA